GAAAAAAAAGAAAUGAAGCCUCUUCUCUCUCCUUCCUCCUCUUCUGUCUUAGGAGGCACGUCUCUCUCUUGCUUCUACACCUUGUUAGCUUUCAUUCUCUUCGUUGUCAUUCUUUACUCUGAGGACUUCCUCUGCAUCUUUGGCCAAGGCGAGCUCGUCCUAACCCAACCACCCAUCUCUCAAACAGAGAAGAAACAAGAGACGACGUCGCUGCCAUUCGCUAUAGGGAGAACUGAAGAAGGGUGCGACGUGUUCAGUGGGAGGUGGGUGAGGGACGAGUUGGCUCGCCCGCACUAUGAGGAAUCGGAGUGUCCGUACAUUCAACCCCAGUUGACGUGCCAAGAACAUGGAAGACCUGACAAGGAGUAUCAGAAAUGGAGAUGGCAACCCCAUGGCUGUGACCUUCCCAGUUUUAAUGCCACAUUGAUGCUGGAGGCCUUGAGAGGGAAGAGGAUGAUGUUUGUGGGUGACUCAUUGAACCGGGGACAGUAUGUUUCAAUGGUGUGCCUCCUCCAUAGAAUUCUCCCUGAGAAUGCAAAAUCCAUGGAAACCUCCCAGGAUCAGUCACUAGUUGUCUUCAGAGCCAAGGAUUAUAAUGCCACCAUUGAAUUCAACUGGGCACCAUUUCUUCUUGAAUCGAAUUCCGAUAAUGCUAUUGUUCACAGGGUGGCUGAGAGGAUGGUUAAGAAAGGUUCCAUCAACAAGCAUGGGAAGAAUUGGAAAGGAGUUGAUGUUUUGGUAUUCAACACCUAUCUGUGGUGGAUGACCGGCCAGAAGAUGAAAUUCUUGAGUGGAUCGUUUGAUGAUGAAAAGAAGGAUAUUGAGGAGCUGACAACUGAGGAAGCUUAUCGGGUGGCCAUGAAAAGCAUGCUGAAAUGGGUGAGGAAGAAUAUGGAUCGAAACAAGACAAGGGUGUUCUUCACUAGCAUGUCACCAUUGCAUAUAAAGAGCACUGAAUGGGGAGGUGAACCUGGUGGCAACUGUUACAAUGAAACAACUCUAAUUGAAGAUCCUAAUUACUGGGGAUCAGAAAGCAAAAGCAUUAUGCAGGUGAUUGGGGAAGAGUUCAGCAAAUCCAAGUACCCCAUUACGUUCCUCAACAUCACUCAACUCUCAAACUAUCGCAAGGAUGCACACACCUCGAUUUACAAGAAGCAAUGGACUCCACUGACCCCCGAGCAGCUAGCAAACCCCGUCAGCUAUGCUGAUUGUGUGCACUGGUGUUUACCUGGCCUUCAAGAUACCUGGAAUGAGCUUCUAUUCGCCAAGCUAUUUUACCCUUGAGUACAAUCUUGAAUGAUGAAAAUGUGAAAUCA